AUGACACCUCGUCUUAACCUAUUCACGGCCAGAGCCGCCUCUGCUCUGCGUCAAUCCACUACCCCCGCGCUCGCUUCCCGCAGCAUUGCCAGCCCUGCUCGAUUCCGCGCCAUCCAACCUAUUCAAUGCCGAUGGAACUCUUCGCGCGAUGGCUCAAAGAAGGUCGAGCCCCAGCCUGAUGAGCAGAACUUCCCGACCUCCGACCAGCUGCCCGAUGUUAGCGAGGAAGCCAACGAGAUCUCUCGGAUCAUGGAUAAGGAAAAGCGGUGCGACGGUGUUCCGUCCACCCCAGAGUUGGAUCAGGGCUCACCGGUCGAGGAGAUUCUCAGCCGCGAUAAGCAAGCCAUGAAGCACAUGCCCAAGGUCAUGCAAGACGAACUGAAGAAGUCGGGCAAACGCUCAUUCUCUACUUCAGCCCGAAGCCGCAUGCCUGAGGUCGACGGUGUGGUACCAAAUGCCGACGGCCCCAGUGCCGAGGCCGCUGCUGCUCUUGCCGACAUGAUUAGACAGGCGCAAGCGCCGGUCGUUGAAGAGAACCCCGGCUUGAAGUUCGACGAGCCCGUCGUUCCCCAAAAUGUCAAGACAUUGAACUACCGCAACAGAUACGAUACUCUGCAGGAACAGUUCACCAAGCUGAUGAUGAUGGAUGGAAAGCUGACCAAGGCCCAAAAGAAUAUGGGCAUUAUCCUGGAGCACCUCCGCACCUCCGCACCUCCCCAGAUGAACCCCAGACGCCCUCUCCUCGAUGCUCCUCCGGCCUCUCAGAUGCCCCUCGACCCCGUCAACUACCUCACUGUUGUGGUCGACUCCGUGGCCCCUCUGUUCCGAAUUCGUCAGCAGAAGGGUAUCGCUGGUGGUGGUGCUGCCGUGCAGAUUCCCAUGCCACUUAACCUGCGCCAGCGUCGCCGUACCGCGAUUCGCUGGAUCAUCGAUGGAUCUGCCAAGCGUCGUGACACGUCGUUUUCGCGACGUGUUGCCGCCGAGAUUGUGGCGGUUGCUGAGGGCCGUAGCGGUGUCUGGGAAAAGCGAGACCAGCAGCACAAGAUUGGUAUCUCUGGUCGUGCUAACUUGAGCACCCCCAUGCGUCGCUAG